GUGUCAAAUGAUAUUCCAGCUAAUCAGGAUGAAAUUACAUUUUAAUCAUUUAUUACUUCGCGCACUUACAUUUCGUUCAUCGACUCAUGGUUUCCCAGACAAAUCAUUGUUCUCCACUGGAGUCUCAGUCCAUGCUCCUGUAUUCUAUAAGAGCUCAGUGGAGGCCAUCAAGGAUAUUCCUAGCGGAUCCAAACUAUUGGUCGGAGGAUUUGGAUUAUGUGGAGUUCCCGACAACCUCCUAGCUGGGCUGGUCAGGACAGGAGUGAGUAACCUUACUGUGGUGAGUGACUCUGCAGGAACUGAUGAACAUGGAUUAGGUCAGCUGGUGAAGACCAGGCAGAUCAAGAGGAUCCUCGCCUCGUUCAUCGGAAACAACAAGGAGUUCGAGAGACAAUAUUUACAGGGUGAGAUUGAAGUAGAAUUCACUCCCCAAGGCACGCUAGCGGAGAGAAUAAGGGCGGGAGGGGCGGGGAUCCCCGCCUUCUAUACAAGCACAGGGGUAGGAACUAUGGUACAUAAAGGUGGAUCUCCCAUCAAGUACAACACAAACGGUACAGUGUGUACACAAUCACAGGAAAAGGAGCAUCGAGAAUUUAAUAAGAGGACAUUUUUACUAGAGGAGGCCAUUAUUGGUGACUUUGCACUGGUUAAAGCUAAAAUGGCGGAUAAAGCUGGAAAUCUUGUGUUUAGUAAAACAGCAAGGAAUUUCAAUCCUCCGAUGUGCAAAGCUGCCAAAAUCACGAUAGCUGAAGUUGAGGAAUUAGUUGAGAUUGGUGAGAUACCUCCAGAUCGGGUUCAUGUACCGGCUAUCUAUGUACAACGGGUUGUACAAGGAGAGAAACUAAUAAAAAAUAUAGAGUUCUCAACCAGUACUGAAAAUGCUUCAAAUAAAACAAACACUGAUGCAAAAACUGCCACGGAACAUUCCAAGGAGAUCAUUGCUCGUCGGACUGCAUGCGAGUUCAAGAACGGCAUGUACGCAAACUUAGGGAUAGGAAUUCCAACUCUAGCUGUUGAUUUUAUUCCUAAGAAUAUCUCUGUAUUCCUACAAUCUGAGAACGGACUUCUUGGAAUGGGACCUGAACCAGCUGCAGCUGACGUGGACGCGGAUCUGAUAAAUGCAGGAAAAAAAGCAAUUUCAUGUAUUCCAGGUUCAAGUUUCUUCUCUAGUGAUGAGAGCUUUGCAAUGAUACGCGGAGGGCAUAUAGAUCUAACUGUACUUGGAGGAAUGCAGGUGUCAGAAAAUGGUGAUCUGGCGAACUGGAUGGUUCCAGGAAGAAAAGUGAGGGGAAUGGGAGGAGCGAUGGAUCUAGUUUCUGCUCCAGCAACUAGAGUUAUUGUUACAAUGCUUCACAAUGAGAAGGAUGGGUCUCCGAAGAUACUGGAGAUGUGUACUCUACCUUUGACUGGAGAACACUGUGUGGACUUGAUCAUAACAGAGUUAGCAGUUUUCAAACUUGAUUCUCAAGGUCUAACAUUAGUUGAGCUGUGCGAAGAUGUAGAUCUAGAAAGAGUGCGUUCAUCUACAGGAGCAAAAUUUCAGGUCGCUUCAGACCUCAAACCUAUGGAACAAGCUUAAAACCAAUGGAUCAAGCUUGAAACCAAUGGAACAAGCUUGAAACCAAUGGAUCAAGCUUGAAACCAAUGGAUCAAGCUUGAAACCUAUGGCACAAGCUCGAAACCUAUGGAACAAGCUUGAAACCCAUGGAACAAGCUUGAAACCCAUGACACAACUUUGAAACCUAUGGAACAAGCUUGAAACCCAUGGCACAAGCUUGAAACCUAUGGACCAAGCUUGAAACCUAUGGCACAAGCUUGAAAUCCAUGGAACAAGCUUGAAACCCAUGACACAAGUUUGAAACCUAUGGCACAAGCUUGAAACCUAUGGAACAAGCUUGAAACCCAUGGCACAAGCUUGAAACCCAUGGAACAAGCUUGAAACCCAUGACACAAGUUUGAAACCUAUGGAACAAGCUCGAAACCUAUGGCACAAGCUUGAAACCUAUGGCACAAGCUUGAAACCUAUGGCACAAGCUUGAAACCUAUGGCACAAGCUUAAAACCAAUAAGUCUACAACAAAAACCAAAAAGUGCCAUGUUUCUGUUAACAAUGUUUUCCCAGAGACUCGUAAAGCCUGGUAAAAUUCAUAUUGAAUGUAAAUUACUUAAACUUUAAUCUGAUAACUUUUAUCAAAAAAUUAACUUAGAAAUUGUU